AUGGCUCUAACUGAAUUUUUCUUACAAAAGGCAUCCAAUCCAAACACCGAAUCAAACAGCGGUAUCUUCCUUCCACCUCCUCGUUUAGCAAAAAAGUUAACAAUAGCCCCUCCUCAAUCCUCCCCCCCUAUUUUCCUGAACGCAAACCCGUUUGAUCCAACCCAUGGCGAGAUCCAUGAGAGCCACCGCCCGGCAAAUACCAUCUCCAUCUCCUACCGUCACCGUCACCCUAGAAAACCCCGCCGCCUCCCCCUCCCCCUCCUCCUCCUCCUCUCAGCCCCAAGAACACCAGCAACAACAGCAACAGCCGCAAACGCUCGUCCUCCGCCUGAAUCGCAAGAAGAAGAAGGUAACUUGGAAGGAGGGCACCGUGGACAACGAGUUCAUGCAGAAGAAGAGCUCCAAGAAGUGCUGCAUCUUCCACAAGCAGAAGCCCUUCGACGACGACGACAGCGACCAAGACGACGACCACCCCUUAAACGAAGACCACGCCUGUUGUUCGCGGGAUCACUGAUCACUUUUUCUGCAGUUGCUUUGCCAAGGUUUGAAGGAAUCGAUUUGUGUAAGGUUCCCUCCCCGACCAUGAAGAACUCAGAUGGUGAUCAUGUUCAGAGAAAAACUUUAUUAGAACUUGUGGCUCCAAGCACUGAAAUCAACCAAAGCUGAAGUUGUGCAGAAAAAAAGUCUCCUCUUCUUUGUAACACCUCUUCUUCUUCAUAUUAGUUGGGCUUUUUGUCUUGAAUCUUGUUCUUGAUGACUUAUUAUACCCUUCCUGUGAACUUGGUUUGCACCUAUUUUUUAGUUUGAAUAAAUUCUUAUUCUAAAAAAAA